GGUGUGCUGAUAAAGAAUGUCAACCAGUUUGCAGUGUUCAGUACAGUGUAGUUGUUGUCCUAUUUUGGCAUUAUCUCAGCAAGCCAUAUAUAUGUUGUGCUAACAAUGGCAUAUUCUACUGGAAAAGCUGGCUGGACUGUAAAACUGCUGUUCUUUCUUUUGUAUGUCCAUGGAAGUCAAGGUCUAAGAUGUCAUCAGUGUUCUGGAGUGACAGACCCCCACUUCUGUUCUAUGGUUGUACACUGUGCUGCUGAUGAGGAAUGUCAUACAGAGAAAGUGAUAGGAGAGGAGUCUGCCGUAUUUUAUAACUCAGGAUGUCAGAAAAUCCAGUUAUGUCAGUUAGCAGCAAAUGGCAAGAGAAGUGACUUACAUGUAUGUGAAGGUUGUUGUGGGACUGACCUGUGUAAUGCUGAACUAUGUCCUGCUAGUAACAGUACAUCUCCAGGCAUACAAUGCUAUCAGUGUGAUCAGGUAGAUUCUCCACAGGACUGUCACAAUAGAGUUACCUGUGCUGAUGGGGAGCAAUGUAUUGUACAGGAGUAUGCUAAUGACAAGAUGGAGGUGAAAUACAGUCUCGGUUGUGAGACCAAACAGAGGUGUGGUCUCCUUCAGAAGCUUGGUAAGCGUUCCACCACACAGAUCUGUAAUGAGUGCUGUGAUACCCCAGGCUGUAAUAGACAUCUAUGUGAAAAUGGGAAUUCAACAAACAGUUCAUGCAAAGAUGAGCCAGACAUGGACUGUAAACUAGCAGACGACACACAGAACAUCUGUGCAGAUAGGACCCUUGCUGCUGUCAAAUACUGUCAGAAGUACUGUGGGUAUUGUUCAGCUGAUGGGUCUACAAUGCCUCCACCUACAGGAACUACAGUAGAUACAUGUAAGGAUAGCGGCGAUUUAGACUGUAAACAGAUGAAUGACUCACUCCAUUUAUGUGCUAAGAAAGAUUCCCCACCCGCUAUCUUGUAUUGUCCAAAAUUCUGUGGUAUUUGCACACCAACUUCACAAAGUGGGUCCACAGGACCUUCAGGUUGUAAAGAUUCUCCAGAUGUAGACUGCAAGAUGGCCAAUGAAACACAGAACAUCUGCGCUCUCAGAACUCUAGCUGCAACCAAAUAUUGCCCCAAGUUCUGUGACUACUGCUCUGCUGAUGGUUCCACUCAUGCUACACUUCCACCUCCAACUGGAGUAACAGCAGACCCAUGUAGAGAUAGUGGAGACAUGGACUGCAAGAAGAUGAAUGAUUCUCUCAAUAUCUGCUCCAAACCCAACUCCCCACCUACACUGCUGUACUGCCCCAAGUUCUGCGGUUUGUGUACACCUGCAUGUUCUGAUUCAGCUGAUGUAGACUGUAAACUGGCAAACGAUACACACAACAUCUGUGCACAGGGAACAAUUGCUGCGAAAAACUACUGCCCCAAAUUCUGCGGAUACUGUAGUGCUGAUGGUUCAACACAUACACCACCUCCCCAUAGUGGCAGUACUGCCAACCCAUGCCAGGACACUGGUGAUGUCGACUGUAAGCAGAUGGAUGAUAACCUUGGAAUUUGUGCCAAAAAGGAUUCUCCUCCCACCCAGAUGUAUUGUCCAAAGUAUUGUGGCAUUUGCCAAUAAACAGACAAAUAAAAUUACAUUGUGAUUCAGUUCAAA